AUGAGUCCAAUUUCCACACCUUGCCCCAUUGUGCCUUCCAAACAAGCUGCUGGAAAGAAAAGAGCAGCCACCCCCGAAGAUCCGAACGAGCUUGAGUACAAACCGUCCCCAAAACGAAACAAACCGGCCGAAAGCUCCUCCAGCUACACCCCCAUCAACGCAUCCAGAGGUACACGAGGUGUUGCAGUUGCGAGAGGCGUUGCAGUCUCCAAACCAAGCGUCUCAAAGACACAACAACGCACUGCAGCGUCUGACAGGGCUGCCACUGUCAUCGUCAUCGAUGAUCCGCCUGAAGAGCAUCAGGCUGUGGCAUCUGCCAAUUGA